AUGGCAUCCAACAGCUCGCAACAAGAGAAGAUCAAUACGGACAUCGUUACUCUUACCCGGUUCCUCACAGAAGAGCAGGCAAAACACAAGGAGGCUACUGGGGAUUUCACCUUACUCUGCCAUGCCCUCCAAUUUUCCUUCAAGUCGAUAGCGUACUACAUCCGCCGCGCAACCCUCAUCAACCUGACCGGUCUCGCAGGAUCCAGCAACACAACCGGUGACGACCAAAAGAAGCUCGAUGUAAUCGGGAAUGACCUCUUCAUAGCCGCUAUGCGAUCGUCCGGGAAGUGCGCGGUACUCGUCUCCGAAGAAGAGGAGGAAGCCAUCUUUUUCCCCGAACACAAAGGUGCUCGUUACGCAGUUGCAUGUGAUCCCAUUGAUGGUUCCUCCAACUUGGACGCUGGUGUGUCUGUCGGUACAAUUUUCGGGAUCCAUAAGCUGCCCGAGGGCUCAAAAGGCACAAAAGAAGAUCUGUUGAAGCCAGGAACGGAGUUGGUUGCCGCCGGCUUCACUAUGUACGGUGCUUCCACACAGCUAGUUAUAACCAUGAAGAACAGCACAGUCAACGGAUUUACCAUGGAUUCGGCGCUUGGCGAGUUCAUCCUCACGCAUCCGGAUAUGAAGAUUCCGAAGUCGCGAUCAAUCUACUCGGUCAACGAGGGUAACUCCCUGUACUGGGAAGAGCCAGUCAAGGACUACUUCAACUCGCUGAAGUACCCUGUUCAGGAUGGGGGUAAGCCGUACUCGGCGAGAUAUAUUGGCAGUAUGGUCGCCGACGCCUAUCGUACACUGCUGUAUGGUGGCAUUUUCGCCUAUCCAGCAGAUAAGAAGAGUCCGAAGGGGAAGCUAAGGAUCUUGUAUGAGUGUGCCCCCAUGGCUAUGGUAUUUGAGAAUGCUGGCGGACAAGCUUUGGACAGCAAGAUGAACCGCAUGAUGGAGGUUACGCCAACCAAUAUCCACGACAGAUCAGGUAUCUUCAUGGGUAGCUAUGACGAGAUAGAGAAGGUCAAGUCGUUCCACAAGUAG